AUGGUCUUAGCAUUCCUGGAGAGCAUCUGCCUGCAGCUGCCAGGUCUACUGGCUCAGAAUGGGUCAGCCAGCACGUGCAUUGCGGGUGGCAGUCUAGUGCUGUUACUCAUAGCUGCCAACCGGCGCGGCAGCGAGAGCUCUGACUUCAGCGUGUACAUGAGAGUCCUCGGGCCAGGCCAUGCGUGCCUGCUUCUGGGGAGACUUCUGCAGCGACCAAAGAUGCCCAGCCUGGAGGGGAUGUCGGCCUCAUCUGCCUCCUGGAUGCUGGUAAACAUGCUGACUUGGGUCAGCAAGCCAGCCAAGGCAUCACCUGCAACUAGCCCGUUCCCAGAUGAGCCCAGCUGUCGCCAGGAUGCGAACAGAAUUCACUGCAGCAGCGGCGGCAGUGCCGUAGCCUCAGGAGAGCCUGCUCAGCCGGUCAGCACAGGCAGUGACGUGCAGCGCGCAACAUAUAGUAGCAGGCAUGGCGCCCGGCAGUCUAGAGCAGGCACACAGCAGCACGGAUCUAGAGCAGCAAGCGUGCAAAAGGCUGCGCCUCACGCGGCCUCCGCGCGUAGCACGGCAGGGGACGUGCACAUAGUCCGGCCGGCGAGGCCGCCGCUGCGGCGGUCGGCUUCUUGCCCGGAGGAAGCUGCCGGGCAGCCGCCCGCCGGCUGCCGAGCGGCUGCCGGCGCGCUGCGCUCGCACUCCCUCAGCCCCGAGGCCUGGGAGGAUCUGCACGGCGGCGUUGCCUCCUCCGCCUCCCUUCGCUCUCACUCCCUUGAGCUGCCGGGGCACCUGUGCGACGGAGUUCCCUCGAGCCGGCUGACAUCCCACCAGAUCAGCCUGGAGGCAGGCUCCAAUCACGGCAGCUUCGCUGACCUGGCGUCGCUGGCAGACGCCGGGGGUGAUUGCCCCGUUGGAGCGGCGGCGGCAGGUGGCAGCGACUCAUUGGCCCGCUCGGCUUCUGCAUCGAGUUCUGUGGAGGAUGCCAGCUUUCACGACGCUGUGGAUGCGCAGGCGACCGAUGCAGUGAGCUGUCUAGGAAUGGACGGGGACUGCCCGGCACCGGUGAGGGCAGCCUGCCCUGAAGCGUUCCUGCUGCAGUUUGGGGCGCUCCUGAACGAAUCCUCCGCCGUUGAGGCGCUGCAGGAACGUGGCCUGCCGGGCGCAUGGGGAGGAGAGGGCGCCUGUUUUGGCGCGCCAGACAAUGAGCACGCAUCCGGAGGCGUUAAAUGGGAGUCCAUCUGUGAGGAAGCCUGCUCAGGCGUCGGCUACGCGGCUUGGCGGCGGCCGCUGCGAGCGGGGCUGUACCUAUACCGGACGUCUGCGGUCAUCGACGGAGUCGCCCCUGCAGACGUGCGCCGCUUUCACCUUGACGACGAAGCCAGGCACGAGUGGGAUGAAACGCUGCUUGAUUUGGAGCGGUUCCCAGGCGGCAGCCAGCGCGAGAACUGCAUCGUCUCCUACAGGGCGAAGUGGCCGCGACCCUUCAGCCCGCGGGAGUACGUGUACGGGCGCCGCGUCUGGACGCGCCCGGCCGACGGCGGCUGCUACUGCGUGUCGGCCAGCGCCAAUGGCGCGGCCGCGACGGCCGGCCGCGCCGUGCGCGUGCGCGACUUUGCCAGCUGCCUUCUCAUCCGCGCCGCGCCGGGCCGCCCCGGCGCGACGGAGGUCACGGCCAUAUAUUUCGAGGACCCUUGCGUGCGCCCCGGGAUUAUGAACCUGGCCGUGCGCAAGGGCCUGUGGCCAUACCUCCUCAAAUACGUUGCCUCUCUUCGCGAACACUCCGCGCCCCCCGCCAGCCCGCACUCCCAGCUGCAGUCGGAGCAGCAAGGCAGCGGGCAGGCAGCCAAGCAGCGGGCAGGCCACAACAGGAGGAACAAUGAGUCCAGCCAGCGGCGUUCCAUGGCACGACCCCGGAACAGGCACCAGCCUGGCGGCCUAAAGAGGCUUCCUGGCUCCGGCCUAUUCAGGCGCCGCAGCCUCUUACUAACUGCCACUAUCCUGGCUGUGCUCUUCUGAGCCGCAGCUGUCAAGUCAGAGCCAGACAUCGGAUCAGCCUAAGUGCUUGGUGACUUAUGUUGCUGCAUUAUGCUUCAAGAGGUCAUUCAGAAGUCAGAAGUGACUGAGUGGCUCGUAGACAUAGCCAGGCCUGUCUUCGCGGACAUGAUCCAUAAUACGUCACAGGAGGUCAGACCGGCCAUAGCAGGUUGCAGUAUAGAUGUGCGUUUCGCCCCUGGCUCAGGGGAGUUGAGCUGCCCUUCAGCCAGGGGGAAUUUGUGUCGAGGAUAUAGAGCUGCGCAAGCAGCGCAGCAAUCUUUUGGGCUGCCUUGAUUUUGCUGGAUUCUUUCGGCCGCUGCUGCUCAGUCUGCAGUCUCCCGCUGAUUGACU